AAAAAAACUCCAAAGAAAACAACAAUACAUCAAAACUUGGUCCGAAAUCGACCGGACAGCGAAACAAAAGUGCAAAACAACAACCAAAUAAAAGUGAAACGUCAUGUGAUAGCGCCAGAGUUCGACGAUGACAGCGUUGGUAGUGAUAAUGAUAAUGUUGAUGAUGAUGACGAUGAUCGUGUUGGCGGAAGAACGGGGUUAGAGUGGCGUUAGUGGCGCCCCCUGCCCGUGUGGUUCACAGUUACCAGUGCGCCGCGGAGAAUUUCGCGCGAAGUAGGAGUUUUCUGCGAGCAGCGCGCGGAGUUCUGCGUCGGCAUUCGGCGCGAGUGGUUGUGUUCGAUCCAUCCAUCCGAAACAAGAAACAAGAAAAAGAAGUGGGUUCGGUUGUGGACAGUUGAAAUAUUCGAUUCGCGUGACUGAAGCGGACCUUCGAGUGCAAUAUUUUGUUUGACCCCGAUUUGUUCUGCUGUCAGGGACUGACCCACGGACCCCCGAGGAUCAUUGUUUCCUCGGACAAGGAAGGGUGUUUUGGAGUAGUCAGUGAAUGUGCGCCGCUGAGGAAAGGAACGGGAGGUUAACUCAAGUGAUUUGGAGUGAAUCUGACUUGUGUCUUGUGGCACCAUGGCGGUCGAUCACAUGCUUGAAGAGUUAAUGGGAAUGUUGGGAGAUUUCGGCCGUUAUCAGGCGUUUCAGUUCAUACUGCAUCUGCUGGCCGCGGUAACGGCGGGCCUUCACAUGCUUUCGCUGGUCACGGUGUCGGCCGUUCCCGAGCAUCGGUGUUUCAUCGAGGGCAUCGACAGUCUCAACAGCACCACUUUCGGCCUCGAUGCCCUCGGGGAGUACAUUCCACUGAACAAGGACGGCGCGCUGGAUUCGUGUCGGAUGUUCCAGCAGGGUACCGCCGCAAAUGCGACCAUCUCCUGCAGUUCCUAUGUGUUCGAUACCACCUACUACAAAUCGUCCCGAGCGAUUGAGUGGGAUCUGGUUUGUGACCGACGAUGGAUGGGAUCGUUAGCUCAAACGAUCUACAUGCUUGGUGUGUUCACCGGAGCCGUUUGGUUGGGUGGGCUUGCGGAUAAAAUCGGCAGAAAGAAGGUGUUUUGCUGGUCGGCUCUGCUGCAGCUGAUUCUGGGCGUUGGAGUGGCCUUCACUCCGGAGUACUACUCGUUCCUGGUGAUUCGGUAUUUGUAUGGUAUUUUUGGUAGCGCUGGUAGCUACAUCACUGGAUUCGUACUGACGAUGGAACUGGUUGGCCCAAGCAAGCGAACACCGUGCGGAAUCUCGUUCCAGGCAGCGUUUGCUGGUGGAAUUAUGUUAGUGGCUGCAUGGGGAGCGUUGAUUCCGGACAGAAUGCUACUGCAAGUGGUAUACGGAUUGCACGGGCUGCUGCUCGUCGCCCAUUGGUGGAUAAUGGAUGAGUCUCCACGCUGGUUGUGGAUGCAAGAUCGGAAGCGCGAAGCCAUUGAUAUCAUUGCCAAAGCCGUUCGCAUGAACGGACGUGGUUUGAACGUCGACAAAGAGUAUUAUCUGUCCAAGGACAAGUCCAAUUACGCUGUGGAGGCCACCCCGAAGACUAGUGCAGGUUUGAGUGACCUGUUCAAAACCCCGAAUCUCCGCAAAAUGACACUGAAUGUUUGUCUCUGUUGGUUCGCCAACUCCAUCACUUACUAUGGUCUCUCACUCAGCUCGGGAAAAUUAGGCGGAAACCCGUACUUAAUCCUGUUCCUCAUGGCACUUGUGGAGAUGCCAAGUUACCUCGCAAUCAUUUUACUGCUGGAUAAACUAGGUCGCCGCUCCAUCACCAGCACCCUCAUGAUUGUCGGUGGAAUUUGCUGCAUUGUGGCCGCUUAUCUAAACCGUGGAAGCACCGAGUCCACGACGGUCGUCAUGUUCGGAAAACUCUUCAUCGCUGGCUCGUUUGCAGUUAUUUACAACUACUCAGCCGAGCUGUUCCCCACCGUUGUGCGGAAUUCUGCCAUGGGUCUCGGAUCGAUGUGCGCUCGUUUGGCGGGUGCUUCCACGCCGAUGAUCAUCCUGUUCGAUUCGUUCGACCCGAAGAUUCCGGCCGUUAUUUUCGGGGUUAUGUCGCUCAUAUCCGGCAGUUGGGUUCUAUUCUUGCCGGAAACAAUGGGCAAGCCAAUGCCCCAGAGUUUGCAGGAUGGUGAGAACUUCGGCAAGGGAGACACGGCCUUCUCGAGCUGCAUGGGACGGAACAAGACCUACACCGAGGGGACACCGCUGGCUCAGCCAAUGGUUCAAAUGCAAACUAUUGAGCGAUAAAAGGUCGGAUUUGCUCGGAAAGUAAUAUGACGUGAAUUUUGUUAGUUAAUUGAGUUUUUAGUAUAUGCGAGUAGGUAAACAAUAAAGUAAAUGAAAUUAUGGACGGUUUAUUUUAAUCGAUCUUUUAUUUUCGUUGUAGAACAAUACGUAUAGCCGAUUGCAUGUUAUAAGAAGCGAAAUGAAUGUAUAUAUUCUUUUUACGAAGAAUAGAGUAAAUAUUGUUUUAAGAUUA